AAUAAUACAGCAGCCAACCUCGAAUUCAUAUUCUAAUCAACCCACUGAGCAGGUCUUGUGGUCAGCCUUGUCAACUUGAGGGUCCGCAAGCUUAACUUCUUCCAAGAACAUCCAUAUCUCGGAAAACUUAGCAUCGAGAGGUGACCGAAGGUCAACAUGCCUAACGGGACUCAAAAGUCUGGUUGGACGCGAUACAACCGCGGUUUGUGGAAGAGUUUGCACGGCGAGAACAAAACUCUUAGCAGUGUGACCAAGGGCAACAUGCAGAACUUGCCGCAGGCCGACAAGUCGGAGCACCCAGACGGGACCUCGCCGCAUAAUAUAGACGGGGCAGAGCCUCAUCGGAGUGCCAAAUCUGAGAAGGUAACUCCCAUUCCGGGUGUACCGCCUCACUUGUGGCAUAAACAUCAAGCCAGCCAAGCUGGCAACCAGAAGAAGAACAUUCGCUCCAGCACUGAUAAUGGCAACCCUUUCACGCCCGGUGUUCGAGACAACCCGUCGAACAGGCCUGAAUUGCCUACGAAUGCCAGUGAUCAGAAAAUCUCGACAAAAGGAUCCGGCAAGUCCUUCAAAGGUUUGAGGCAGCCUUCCCAGACACAUCCUUCGCAACCUCAAGAAGGGGCUACAAAUUCGCUCACUCAGGUUGAUGCGUCUUGGCCAACAGGAGAAGUUGACCCGAAACCGAAGGCUUGUCGUUAUUAUGCAUACAAACCCAACCGCAGAGGGCAUCGCCGAGGCGGGGCCAGAGAAAGCUCUACCCAAGUCGCGAGUAACUCCAAGAUUCCACCACUCGAACAGUCAUUUGUGCCAGCGGGUACGGUUCUCCCCAAGAGCAGCGACACCCGAUCUUCACCCACCGUCCUUUACUUCCAACCCGCGAUACUUCCUGCAGGCAGAGUUGAGGACUCCUCCCAGCCAAUACCACCACCUAAAGCUGCCUUGCAAGCCGUUGGCAAGACCGUUGAACCUCCCCAGGUCACGGGGAGGGUUAGACCGACAAACAUGGCCGAUCCAGAUCUCACCACGUACCGCGCCCCCCGGCCGAACCCCAACUAUAGCGGCUCGUCUGUCGUCUUGGAGUCUGUCUCGUCAAUGAACGUCAGCGACACGGGAAUUGACGGUGUCCCCAUCGACAAGCGUGACAGCGAGCCCAUAAAGGACGUUCGUAAUGACAUAGCGCCCGAACAUACGAUUCAGAACACCGGCACGGGCUGGGUGCAGAGCAACUGGGGCGGCUGGGGUCCUCAGGACGGAGUUUUGAAGACCAUGUCAUUCCUCGAAUCCUUCGUAGUGGCGUGGGUCCGAACCGUCCCUGAUAACAUCAGGCCCGAGUUCCUUGCACAGAACGCCCUUGGUCACUGGGAGUGCGACGUUGACCCCAACACGGGGCUCCUCUUGCGCCCUGUCGAUUACCCUAGCACCAUGGUCAAUUGCUCGGAAUUAGACAAGGCUACCGAAUGGCGGCAACAAAACUGGACCUCGAGCCUCCUCAUGCGGCGUGAGAAUGCCAGGCUCAACCGAGCCGGCCACCAGGGUCCUCCCCGUCGCCAUCCACCCCGCGGUUGGACAGAGACGCCCCUUGGGCCCCCAGAAGUGACCCAGGCAAUAAAGGACGAGCCACGGGAGAAGCCAUACAAGCCGGAGCCCAAUCCAUAUGCGCCGAUGAUUCCUUGUCAUAUGCGACCCGCGAUGACAGCAGAUAUGGAGGGAGUCCGUGAAAUCUACAACAUGGAGGUAGAGAACGGCCUCCAAGCGGGAGAUACAGAGCCACUCUCGCUGCAGGACUUCAAAAAGAUCUUCGAAACAACCAGGGAGCUCAAGAUGCCCUUCGUGGUUGUGAUCAGUGGGGAGUAUCAGGACGCGGCUAAGAGCAAAGGUCCUUCUGCGCAGCGUCCCAAACACUGGAACCAACGUCCCCAGGGACCACCUCCUCGAGUUCUGGCCUUUGGUUACCUCUCCGUCUGGGAGCCAGGCCUCGCUGGAAGCGUAACUGGCAGGAGUCGCAUGACGGCAAGGGCCCACGUGUAUGUGCACCCGGAAUAUCGGAAGAAGAAGCUCGGUCACGCCUGCCUGGACAAGCUCAUGUCCACGGUUUCGUACCGCUACUCGGCCCGGCUCGCAUGCGAGUUCAUCGACCCCACCGACAGCCCGAUCUACAAGUACCCGCGUCACCACGAUAGAAAGUACUAUUUGGUCUACCUCCACUACUACGUGAAGACCAAAACCCCUCCCGGCUCGGGGGCCAUCGACACCGUCAACAAAAAAGACCAGGACAAGGAACUCGAGUGGGCGGACUCGUACUUGAAGGAAUUCCGGUUCUGGCAAAAGGCCCGCUUCGAGGCCUGCCACCGGACUAAACCUAGCCAGCUUCCCCAGCCUUUCUGGCUUGAUGUCGUCGUCUUUGAACACAUCUGCCAGACCGACUUAAACUUCACCCAGCUCGCCUAGACCUCGCAGGCGAACUGCUUUUUGCUUUUUUUUUGGUCUCGCCCCUGGCGAUAAUCUGCUUACGAUGCUGGACGCAUAAUGAUUUCGGUGAUGGCAUUGCAAUUCCGGAUAAGAAAAUGAUGCCGCUUGGUGCUUGCCCCUUGAAUGCACCCAGGGAUAGAUGUGGUCACGACCAACAGAGCAGGCCUCGCCCCUUGAGGCUAUGGAUUCGACGAGACAUGGUUGUUAGAUAGUUGUACGAUGUGAUGACGGAGGCCUUGGUCAGGGCCUUAACUGACCUUGAUAUUCGAAAUCAGAAACUGGGAUAAGCUUCCCUUGGAGGCGUGGAAAAAUGGUUAGUUAGGGAGAUAGCUGAAUCGGGAGCCUGGCAUAUGACGCACAAAAUGUU